AUGCACCCCUUUUCCGUCCUCACACUCGGCAUCUUCGUUGCGGGUUACAUCACCGCGAGGUGGGAUCUUGUUACCCGGCUGUAUGAGCUUGCUAUAUUUGCUUGGGAUCACGGCGUUGUGACCAGAACCGCAAAAGGAUUCCUGUUUCUCUCCGUCUUCUUCUUCCUCCUCGUUAUACCAAUCAAUCAUCUCGCGCAGAAAGAGUGCCUUCAGCAUCCGCGUCCCGUCAAACUAGGCGUCUCCGCUCGGGAACAACUGCGCCGCCGCGGCUCUUUUUAG